UCGUCAUUAGUCUUAAUGUUCUUCUUCUCGCCGUGUUACAGGAAGUUAGCCGGCCGCACGCUCUUCAUCACCGGGGGCAGUCGAGGGAUCGGUAAGGCCAUCGCUCUGAAAGCUGCCAGAGAUGGAGCCAACAUCAUCAUCGCCGCCAAGACCGCUGUGCCCCACCCCAAACUGCCGGGAACCAUCUACAGCGCUGCGGAGGAGGUGGAGGCCGCCGGAGGGAAAGCGUUGGCCUGCAUCGUCGACAUUCGCGACGAGCAGCAGAUCGGAGAGGCCGUUCAGAAAGCUGUCGACAAGUUUGGAGGAAUCGACAUCCUGGUGAACAACGCCAGCGCCAUCAGUCUGACAGGAACUCUGGAGACGCCCAUGAAGAAGGUGGACCUGAUGCUGGGAAUCAACCUGAGAGGAACCUACCUGACGUCUAAGAUGGUCCUCCCUCACCUGCUGAAGGGUCACAAUCCUCACAUCCUGAAUCUGUCGCCUCCGCUCAACCUCAACCCCGUCUGGUUCAAGAACCACACAGCGUACACAAUGGCGAAGUACGGUAUGUCCAUGUGCGUCCUGGGAAUGGCCGAAGAGUUCAGAGGUCAAAUCGCUGUCAACGCCCUCUGGCCUAAAACCGCGAUACAGACGGCAGCAAUGGACAUGUUGGGCGGAGACGGAAUUGGGAAACAGUGUCGUACGACUGACAUCAUUGCGGACGCCGCCUACGCAAUCCUGUCCCGAUCGAAGGACUACACAGGUCACUUCCUGGUGGAUGAGGACGUCCUUAAAGAGCAGGGAGUCCAAAACUUCGAUCAGUACGCCGUCCAACCAGGGCACCCCCUGCUGCCAGACUUCUUCCUGGACGACGCACCCGAGACACUGGUGAAAAAGAUGGAGGAACACGGGGCGACCCCAGCCUUCAAACCACCGCCUCCCUCCAGUGGACCAAUAGAAAGCACGUUUGACGCCAUCAGAGGAGUCAUCAACGAAGACGUCGUCAAGACAACACAGGGCAUUUAUCAGUUCGACCUAUCAGGAGAUCACAAAGGCGUUUGGUUCCUGGACUUGAAGAGCGGCGCCGGCAGCGCGGGGCCGGGCCAGCCCGUCAAAGCCGACGUCAUCAUGGCGAUGGACUCGAGCGACUUCAGCAAGAUGUUUGCAGGGGAGCUGAAGCCGACAAUGGCCUUCAUGUCGGGGAAGCUGCGGAUCAAAGGCGACAUGACGCUCGCCCUCAAACUGGAGAAACUGAUGACCCGCAUGAGCAAGGCCAAACUGUGAGACUGAAGCCCCGCCCCCAGACCCACUCAGGCCCCGCCCACCCGCUGUACAUGUUGCCUUAAUAAAAUAAUAAUGAAAUAAUAACAUUUUAAUAAAACCUUAAUAAAAAACUGAAAA